AUGGCCGUAGCUCCGGCAUUCUUCCGGCCAACUCUCCUCCUAUUCUCCACCUUCUUCAUGGUUUUUCGAUUGGUGAAUUCAAUGUCAGAAGCUCAAGCUUUGGUUAAUUUUAAAGCCUCGUUCUCCGAUCCUCAAGCUCUGAAAGAUUGGGUGGUUAACUCUGUUCCUUUCAAAGAAGGGGAAGAAUGGGACGGGGUCAUCUGCAACCAUGGGGUCAUAUCUGGCAUUCGAUUAGAAGGAAUGCGGUUGUCCGGGAAGAUCGAUGUAAAUCCGUUGCUAGAACUCAAGGGUCUUCGAACUUUCAGCAUUAUCAACAACUAUUUUUCAGGUGCAAUUCCGGAAAUCAAUAGAAUAGGUUUCUUGAGGGCUCUGUACUUGUCGGGAAAUCAAUUCUCCGGCGAGAUUCCGUCGGAUUUCUUCCAGAAAAUGAGGUCUCUGAAGAAACUAUGGCUUAACGACAACAACUUUACGGGUCAGAUUCCGUCGCAGAUUCCUCAGCUCCUCGAGCUACGCCUUGAGAACAAUCAGUUUAGCGGUAACCUCCCGAAUCUUAGCACAACAUUGCUGAUGGAAUUCAAUGUGUCCAACAACAAAUUGGAAGGCGAAAUCCCGUCGAGCUUAUCAAAAUUUAGUGCGAGCUCAUUUUCCGAUAAUUCUGGCCUCUGUGGUGAGAAAUUAAACAAACCGUGUAAAAAUUCAGUUGAAGCGCCAAAACCCAUGGAAAAUACGGAACAAGAACAAAACAAAGAAAGCGCUGCGUCUGAUUCAAAUUCUAGUAGUAAUAGUAACACAGUGAAGAUUGCCGCAAUUGUUGUUGCAUCUAUUUUAGUGCUUCUGGCACUUCUCGCUCUACUCUAUGUUCGAUCAAGGCGAAAGAAGAACGAGAAGGGAAUACUGGGUUCAGUCCGAUCAGAGAGCAACAACGAAGUAUCAUCAGCAUCGGUGGAAGUUCAGGUUGCUGCACCAGAGAAGAAAGAAGAGACAAGUAUAUCCAGGAAAUCAAGUCGUAAUGGUUCCAGCAGAAGGGGGAAGGGUGGCGGCGGCGGCAAUGGCGGCGUCGGAGACCUUGUUAUGGUGAAUAGUGAAAGAGGUGUGUUUGGGAUGCUGGAUUUGAUGAAGGCAGCAGCAGAAGUUUUGGGGACUGGAGGGUUUGGAUCAUCCUAUAAAGCGGUGAUGGCUGAUGGGGUUGCAGUGGUGGUAAAGAGGAUGAGGGAGAUGAAUGUGUUGACGAAAGACGGGUUUGAUGCAGAGAUGAGGAAGCUUGGGAGUUUGAGACACAAGAAUAUCUUAACCCCUCUGGCUUAUCAUUAUAGGAAGGACGAGAAGUUAGUGGUGUCUGAGUAUGUUCCUAAAGGGAGUCUGCAAUAUUUGCUGCAUGGUGAUCGAGGACCAUCCCAUGCUGAACUGGACUGGCCUACUGGUUUAAAAAUUGUGCGAGGGAUUGUUGAAGGGAUGCUUUAUCUUCAAACGCAACUUGCUUCAUCUGUUUUAUCUCAUGGAAAUCUCAAGUCUAGCAAUGUUCUCCUUGGUCCUGAUUUUGAGCCAAUGCUAGUUGAUUUUGGGUCAUGCUCUUUGAUCAAUCCUGCUAAUCUAAGCCAAGCCCUAUUUGCUUACAAGACUCCUGAAGCCUUACAGAACGGCCAAGUUUCUCCCAAAUCUGAUGUUUAUUGUCUGGGAGUUGUCAUUCUUGAGAUCCUCUCUGGGAAAUUCCCUUCCCAAUAUCUCAACAACGGCAAUGGUGGAAUUGAUGUAGUUCUGUGGGCUAACUCAGCAAUAUCUGAAGGAAGGAUAUUAGAGAUGCUUGAUCCUCAACUUGCAAGCUCUAAAAGUUAUACAGGUCAGAUGGAGAGACUCCUCUAUGUUGGUGUUGCUUGUACUGCAAGUAACCCUGAGCAACGACCCGACAUGGUUGAAGCACUGAGAAGGAUAGAGGAAAUACAAAAUAAAGGUGCCCAGGAAUCCGGCUCAAAAGGUCAAGAUGAGUGGUCCCAGAGAAGCUUUGGAUCAAGCAGCGUUGGAAGCCAAUCGGGCCACCGGCACAGUGAGAGUUUUGAUUUUGCCAUUUCCUAAUCCUCUUCGAGACAAGAUAUGUACAAAAUUAGGCACUUGAUCCAUCUCAAC